GGCACGUGUUGAAAGUCACCUCGUCACGUGCUUCCCUCCUGGUCCAACGUUCCAUUGGCCACGCCCCGUGGCUGCGCAGGAGGAAGGAGGCGGGAAAACCGUGAGUGCCCUGCAGGGAGGAAGCAUGGUGCUGGGCAGAGCUAUGUACAUGGUGUCUGCAGAGAAUGGGGGUCGCCGGGAGAAG